GUUCCUCCAAGCAUCCCAGCCAGUCGUGGUCACACUUUGCGGGCGAGCUGACUUGAUUUGGCCACACAAAGUCAAGAUUGUGCAGGAGCGGCCAUGGGAUCCUGGCAGGCGCGUCCCGAGCGCCAGCAGCGCUAUGAGGAGCUCGCACACAAGACCGGAUUUUCCACGGAGCAGAUAAAAAAUCUCCACAAAAGGUUCCGACAACUGAGCGGAAACGAGGAGACGAUGAGCAGAGCAAAUUUGGACAGCAUUCCAGCACUUGCCAACAAUCCCAUUAAGAAGCAAAUCAUCGAUGCCUUCUUUGACAAAAGAAACCAGCAGCAGGAGGAUGCGGCGGUCGGCUCCGUGGAGGAGAUCAGCUUGGAGCAGUUCCUGAUGGUCAUGAGUCACUUCCGGCCGCCCGAGCACAAGAGCAGCGAGGAGGAGCGCCAGGCCAUCAGGAAGCGAAAGCUGCGCUUUUUGUUCAACAUGCACGACACGGACAGUGACGGCACCAUCACGCUGGCUGAGUACAAGAAGGUGGUGGAGGAGCUGCUGUCCAAAAGCGGUGCCAUCGGGCACGAGGCGGCCAAGGCCAUCGCCGACGCGGCCAUGUUGGAAGUGGCCAGCAUCAACGUGCCGCACAUGGUAACCACACGCCUGCACCGGACGAAUUCUACGAGGGGAUUACCUUUGAGCAUUUUGAACAGAUUCUAAAAGGUCUGGAGAUGGAGUCGCGGAUGCACAUCCGCUUUUUGGACGUGGACACCACCACCAUGCGCUGCGGGAAAGCCACCGCUUGAUCACCUCAUACUCUAAAAUACAUAACAAUAAAUAAUAGUACAUUAUAAGCUCACAAUUAUUUAUUAAGUUUUAAGUUAAUUACAUUUUAUUGUGAAAAUUAACAUAUUUAAUCAUUUAUAUUUUACUCAUAUUUCAUCUUCAUAUUUUGUGGGAAAGAACAUCAUAAUGUGUAGGUCAUUACCCCCUCCCCCCCCCCCCCACACCC